UUUUGGUUGUAUCAUUUACAUAUUUUAUCAGUGAUUCAGUGUGCUGCCCGUGGAAUUACAAAAAUGUACGUAUCCAUAUGCAGGCCAUAGAGUAAAGGACCCAAAUGAGAACCUAAAGGCUCUGCACAACCACACAGUGAGCUGUUGCUUUGGUCUCUCAUUUCACCUGACGGGUGACGUGCCUUUCGCAGAAAUUACAAGACAGGAAAAGAAAAGAACAAGAGAGAAGAAGAAACAAUCUUUAGCAUUGUUGUAAAACUACAUCAUAAACCACUUUCUACUUGUGACCGAUGUCAUUGUUGCGGCUGCAGGAAGCAUAGACCUAGAAGGCUACACUUCCACAACAGUAAGUAAUUCAUCCCUAGUUUUAGCAGAUGGAAUGAGAAUAUUCUUCAAUUACUUUGAUACAAGUAAUUGUCAGUACCUGGCUGUCCCUAGAAGAGAUCUUCAACACAACACACGGCCGGGUUAUGGAGCUGCCAGAGGAUUUCUGGAUCCCCAUCGCGCUGGAUACCAACAACAUCACGUCUCUCAGCCCCUUCCUCAUCCCCCAGGACCAUUUAGCAAGCUCAGGCACCUUCUAUGCAAUGGCCGUAUACAUGUUCUUUGUAUUUACUGUGGGCACUGGCAUAAAUCUGCUUACAAUUGCAUGCACCGUCCAAUACAAGAAGCUCCGGUCCCACCUCAACUACAUCCUGGUGAACUUGGCCGUGGCGAACCUUCUCGUGUCCUGUGUGGGCUCCUUCACGGCCUGCUGCUCCUUUGCAUCCAGAUAUUUCAUCUUUGGACCUCUAGCGUGCAAAAUUGAAGGUUUUAUGGCGACACUUGGUGGUAUGGUAAGCCUGUGGUCUCUGGCUGUGAUAGCUUUUGAAAGAUGGCUGGUCAUCUGCAAGCCACUUGGUAACUUUGUUUUCAAGCCUGACCAUGCUUUAGCUUGCUGCAUAUUCACCUGGGUGUUUGCACUGUUGGCCUCAGUUCCUCCACUUGUUGGAUGGAGCAGAUAUAUCCCAGAAGGCCUUCAGUGCUCCUGUGGACCAGACUGGUACACCACAAACAACAAAUACAACAAUGAAUCCUACGUGAUAUUCCUUUUCUGCUUCUGCUUUGCUGUUCCCUUUUUCACCAUUAUGUUCUGCUACGGUCAGCUGCUCAUUACACUGAAAAUGGCAGCGAAGGCCCAAGCUGAGUCUGCCUCCACCCAGAAGGCAGAGAGGGAGGUGACCAGGAUGGUGGUUGUCAUGGUGCUGGGCUUCCUGGUGUGCUGGAUGCCCUAUGCCAGUUUUGCUCUGUGGGUUGUGAACAACCGUGGGCAACCGUUCGACCUGAGAUUUGCUACUAUACCAUCCAUCUUCUCCAAGUCCUCUGCAGUCUACAACCCAGUCAUCUAUAUUUUACUCAAUAAACAGUUCCGUUCAUGCAUGAUGAAGAUGCUGGGGAUGGGUGGAGGUGAAGAUGAAGAGUCGUCGACACAGUCGUCAGUGACCGAAGUCUCCAAAGUUGGGCCUGCUUAAUCUGAACAUCCACGCUGUUUUCUUUUUAUUGUCAAAAUACCGCUGCACAGGAGACUGAUCAUUUGUGUAUUGUAAUUAUUUACACAUGGUGAGGCUUUGUGCAAUUAAUUGCAUAGA